GAGGAGCCGGAAUACAGACAUGCAUAGAGUUGGUCAGGUGCUUUCUGCCAAGAAGAACAAACCUGCCAGGUAUCUAAGCCUAUCUCCCUCUUGGCCUACAACUAGGGGGGAGAUCGAGCAGAUCCGAUCGAGAAAAAGAGAACCCAUUUUGUAAUAGCACAUAACAAAAUCUUAGUUCUCUGAUGCUCUCGAGAACUUCUAGUGACAAAAAAUACAAAGAAGUUCUCUGAUGAUCUCUUAGUUCUAGCCAAAAACGCAGGUUUUACAGCAUAUAUAAAAGAUCGAAUAUAAAUCGACUUUUCAUUUCGAGAUUUUUCGAUCCCCCCGGCCCCUUGGACAGAGAAGAUGUGGUUGGCAAGAAAUAAUGGGGAAAAAAAAUCAGGAGGAGGGAGCGGGAUGGUGGCAGUGGCAAUAGACAGAGACAAGGGCAGCCAAAAUGCUCUCAAAUGGGCUAUUGACAAUCUGCUCCAGAAGGGCCAGACCGCCGUUCUCAUCCAUGUCAAGGUCAAAUCGUCCUCCUUUCCCAACUCAGCUCUUCCUUCCCCAAGGCUAAGAUCUGAUAAUGGUGACGAGUGUUCGCUGGUAUGCAAAGACCCUGAUAAACAAACCAGGGAAAUAUUCCUUCCUUUUCGUUGUUUCUGCACACGUAAAGAUAUACGCUCCAAAGAUAUCGUGCUAGAAGGCACAGAUGUAUCGAAAGCUUUAAUUGAAUACGUUAAUCACUGUGCUAUUGAGAGUUUGGUUUUGGGUUCCGCUGCAAAACCUGGUUUUUUUAGAAGAUUCAAGACAUCAGAUGUUCCAGGCAAUGUAUCAAAAGGAGCACCAGAUUUUUGUAACGUGUACGUUAUAUCCAAAGGAAAGAUUAGUUCCAUGAAAUCUGCCUCACGUGCUGCACCAGUGUUCUCGUUACGUGGCAAUCUUCUUAAUCAAGGUAGCAUCAAAUCAGAUACAGCGGAGCCACAGUUCAUCAACUUUGCUGCUACUGUGAAAGGAGCUGAAAGACUACAAUCUGAGCCACCGCGUAGAUCAUUGCAUGAUGAGACAGAUUUAAUCAGGUCGCCAUUGCCCAGAAAAGGCUUAAACUGGAAAUCAUACGGGGAACUCCCUCUGCUCGAUACCGAUAUAUCUUUUGUUAGCUCCGGGAGGCCUAGCAUUGACCGCGUAUUUCAUUACGAUCACAUGAAGGAGAUAGGGCACCGCACCCCCUCGCGAUUGUCACAUAUCUCAGAAAGAGACAUGAUCAACCUGAGCUUUGAACCACUGUAUUUCGGACGGAAGUCAGUGGAUAUUGCCAGCUCUCCUCCUGAAUCUAUAGCAUUCUCAUCAGAAAGUGAUCAAGAUAGACUUUCGGACGAAUUGCAGUCAACGGAAGGGGCACUGGAGGAUGAAAUGAGGAGGCUAAAGUUAGAACUCAAGCAAACAAUGGAGAUGUACAGUACUGCCUGCAAAGAAGCACUCACAGCAAAACAAAUGGCAGUAGAGCUUCAGCGCUGGAAAUUAGAGGAGGUGAGGAGAUUGGAAGAUGCACAAUUGGCUGAGGAAGCUGCGUUAGCGACUGCAGAAAAGGAGAAGGCCAAGUCCAGAGCCGCCAUUGAGGCUGCCUCAGCAGCCAAGAGGAUAGCAGAACUAGAAGCACAAAAGAGAAUCAAUGCAGAAAUGAAAGCAUUGAGAGAAACAGAAGAGAAGAGAAAGGCACUUGAUGCUUUAGCACAUUCGGAUGGUCGAUGUAGGAGGUAUACAAUCGAUGAAAUCGAAGUUGCCACGGAAUUCUUUACAGUAUCUCGCAAGAUUGGGGAAGGGGGUUAUGGGCCUGUAUAUAAAUGUUAUUUGGACCAUACACCUGUUGCAAUUAAGGUUCUUCGUCCAGAUGCAGCUCAAGGAAGGUCACAAUUUCAACAAGAGGUAGAGGUAUUGAGUUGCAUACGACAUCCCAACAUGGUUCUUCUACUAGGAGCCUGCCCAGAGUAUGGUUGUUUGGUCUAUGAAUACAUGGCUAAUGGGAGCCUGGAGGACCGCCUCUUCUGCCGGGGUAACACUCGACCUCUUUCUUGGCAGAAAAGGUUUAAAAUUGCGGCCGAAGUAGCUACUGGCCUGUUGUUCCUCCACCAGGCAAAACCAGAGCCAUUGGUGCACCGUGACCUGAAACCGGCCAACAUCUUGCUCGACAGCAACUAUGUCAGCAAGAUUAGUGAUGUUGGCUUGGCCAGGCUAGUACCCCCAUCUGUGGCUGACAAUAUGACACAAUAUCGCAUGACAUCCACAGCAGGCACAUUCUGCUAUAUAGAUCCAGAAUAUCAGCAAACAGGCAUGCUUGGAGUGAAGUCUGAUAUAUACUCCCUUGGAAUCAUGUUUCUACAAAUGAUUACAGCCAAGUCACCCAUGGGCUUGACUCACCUUGUAGAGAGGGCAAUUGAAACGGGAACUUUUUCUGAGAUGUUGGAUCCAAUGGUGCUUGAUUGGCCAGCUGAAGAGGCUAUGUGCUUCGCUAAGUUGGCACUCAAGUGUGCGGAGUUAAGGCGAAAAGACAGACCAGAUCUUUGCAAGGACAUCUUGCCAGCACUUAAUAGAUUGAGAGUACUUGCUGAAGAAACCAUGAACCCCACUCCAAUGAAUGGCAGUCCAGGCUCCUCACCCGACCGAAGCCAAGUUAGCCUGCAACUAGAGGGGGAUCUUCCACACACACAAUCUGGAGAGAGCUCCAGGACUCCUUCUCUAUGAUGGGCAAUAAAGAUCAAGUUCUAUGAAACAAAUUAACUGGUUUAGAAGGAUCGUGACCAAGAGAGAAAAAAAAAAUGUAAAUUUUGUAGGUAAAACUCGAUGUUCGUAGUUCAUAAAACCUAUAAAUCUCAAGGCCGUGUUAGCAAACUUUGCCAACUUGCA